AUGGCUACUCCCGUAAACCCCCUUCCCGUGACCAUGAGGGUCGUUCACCAAUCCGACCCUCACAGCACCAACCUCAUCAUGACCGAGGGUCCAAUUCCCCGCCCUCAAGGCCCCUCCGAUCUGCUCAUCAAGGUCGUCGCGACCUCCCCUUGCCUGGGCGAGCUCCACUGGGUCGCCGCCAUGCCUAAUUUCUUCCCCGCCGACAAGGAGCCGGUGCCAGGCCAAGACGUGACCGGCACAGUCGUUGAGGCCGCCACCGAAUCGGGUUUCCACCCCGGCGACGACGUCUUCGGCCGCAUCUCGGCGACGAGCCCCGGCGGCUGUCGCGAGUACGCCCUCGUGAAGAGGGAAGAGAUGGCCUUGAAACCAGCCGGCCUGUCCUGGGAGGAAGCCGCCGCCACGCCGCUCUCAGCCCUCACAGCCUGGCAGGCCCUGUUCACGCAAGGUCUCCUCGACAAGGCUGCCGUUUUCGGAGACGACGAGGCCAGGGCCCAAAACGGCCGCGUCGCAAUCUUUAUUGCUGGUGCCGGCACCAGCGUCGGAACGUGGGCGGUGCAAUUUGCCGCCCUCGCCGGGGCGGGAAAGGUUGUGGCGCUCUGCUCGGGGCCCAAGGCAGACUUGAUGACGGGUUUCGGUGUGACAGAUGUGGUAGAUUAUACCAAGACUCACGUCGAGGCCUGGGUCGGUGAAUCUCCAGACAGGGAGGUUGACCUUGUUGUGGACUGCGUCGGCGGUGCCUCUAUGGGUGCUCUCUGGAGCGUGGUCAAAAACGGCGGGACUUUCCUUAGCAUUUGCGCGGACCCAGACAGCGUCAAGCCGGCUCAGAACAGCAAGAAGCUGGAGAAAGCGCAAUGGUUCAUCGUCGAGAGCUUGGGUGAGCAGCUGGGUGACAUUGCCCAACUGGUGGAAGCAGGCAGGGCAAGGCCGGUGAUUGACAGCGUUGUUCGCUUUGAACAAUUUCAGGAGGCCUUCGAGAAGGUCGAGAGCCGGAAGACAAAGGGCAAGGUGAUUAUCAGGGUUGCGCCAUGA